CUUUGAGUUUGAUUGCUUAGCACAUACAGAGAGCAACACCAAUACAGAGAGCAACACCUUCAGAAGCUCUGCGCAACAUAUAGCAAGGACUUUGGACGUAAGUUGAUUCUCAGUACCGCACAGAUAUGUGUUCAUUGGUAUUCAAAAUGUUUUUGUUCCAUUGUAAGUUCUUACAAUUUAUACAGUACUAUUAUAUGCUGUAUGUAUAACUUUGAGCUCUGUAAAAUUGCCAUGACACCUAAAAAGCGGAUGUAAGACCAGGGAAAUCUUAGCUCUGAGAGUCCAUCUUCCGAUAUUUUUUGUUUUGGUAUAGUAUUCAUGUUACAUUUUAUGUCAAAAGGAAUAGUACGCAUUAAUUGGAAAGCAACUUUGAAUGGUGCUAUUGACUGAGUAGUGUAAUGAUUAACCAUGUAGCUCAGUGCUAUGGUUAUAAACCAUAUUUGAUCUAACUUUAUUAUCCAUCAACCAUGGACGAUUUGUCUGACCAAUGUGGGUGUGCUCAGGCCACUAUCCCCUACGAAUCCUACCACGCCAUGGAAAAUAACUUUCGACCAACAGGAGUGCCCCCUGGCCUGGAGUACCUAACACAGGUAAGACAGUGAAGUCAAUAGUCAUAACUUUUGUUUAUGGAACUGUUACCUUGAAAAAGUAAAACGUUGACUUUUAUGGGAUAAGAUCAUUGGUUUGGAAACUGGAGAGAGCUGGCCACAGUAGGGAACUCUGUCCCCAAUCCUACCUUUAUCUGCUUGUUACAGAUCGAUCAAAUCUUGAUACAUCAGAAAGUGGAACUGCUGGAGGGUAAGGCAGCCCUUGUUAUAUAGAGUAUGCCAUAAAUUGUAUUUACUCUGACAUGAUAUUUACUUCCGAUCUCUCACCUCCACCCACAUCCCCCAUGACCCCAUUCUUCCUGUGCUCCCGCUCUCUCCAGCCAUCACUUCCUUUGAGACUAAAAAACCGGUACAUAAUCAAGAACAGUCUGGGACAGGAAAUCUACACAGCCAAGGAGGAUAGUGACUGCUGCACCCGGAACUGCUGCGGUCCCAACCGCAUGUUUGAGAUGAAGAUCAAAGACCACAGUGGCCAGGAGGUCAUGCACCUGGUCAAGCCCUUCCGCUGCACCUCCUGCUUCUGGCCCUGCUGCCUGCAAGAGGUAUUAUAACUGCUUAUAACACACAUAUUAACCCCUUAUAACACAUCUUAUAACACCCUUACAACAGACACCUCCUGCUACUUCCUCUGCUGUCUGUGGGAUUAACUGCUUAUAACACAGCUUAUAACACACUCACAUCACACGUAUAACAGACACCUGCUACUUCCCGUGUUGCUUGCAAGAGGUAUUGCCACUUAUAACACAGCUAUAAAAAAAAACAUAUCUCCUUCUUCCUUAUAUACACUAACCUGAUCCAUAGGCGUCCUGGAGUGCAGUUAAACUUGCAUUGUACAAUCAAGACCCUCAAAACCAUGUUGAAAUGUUACUUCCAUGGUCUGAAACUUAAAACCUUCACCUGUUUUAAUUAUUGUCAUUCAUGAGGUUUGGAAGGGAAGCUCGUUUCAAAUAUCAGUCGAACUUGAACACUUUUAAGCAAAAUAAACAUUUAUGAAAUCUCUGAUAAAAAUGUUUGUGACCAACUAGAUCAAGACGGAAAUGUACAUGUUGGAGUACAUGCCCUGUCAAGGGGGGUAAUAAUCACUUCGAGGAAAAAUAAUAUUUCAAGGUGUUGUAAUAAAGAAUAAACAGAACACCCAAAUCCUUUUUCUCCCCUCAAAAAACAAUCAAAUGGAUGUGUCUGUCUCUCUGGCAAUACCUGAUGCUUUUGUGACAGCUAACAUUCCAAAGCCAAACCCGAUGGAGCACAGCUACUCUUGAGGGUAAAAUAAAUUAAUAAUAAAUAUAGUAAUUAUUAAAUAGGUGUAGGUGUGUAUUUACUGCUCUAAAUAACACUAUUAUAACACACUUAUAACAGAGACUGUCUUCUCAAUUUUAUCAUUGCAAAAUUGAAGAUAUAAAUAACAUUGAAGAUACUGUUUCAAGGAUAAUCUAACGUCUGCAUGACUCUUUCUCAAGUGACCAUUUCCCUCUGUGUCUGUGAAUGUUUGUCUGUCCUAGAUGGAGGUCCAAUCCCCUCCUGGCACCACCAUAGGUUAUGUGGUUCAGAACUGGCAUCCCUUCAAGCCAAAACUCUCCAUCCUAGGACCUGCCAAAGAGACUCUCCUGAGGAUUGAAGGUCCUUUCUGUGCCUGUAGCUGCUGUGGAGACGUUGAUUUUGAGGUGAAGUUCACCUCAUCUACUCCUCUAUGUCUGCAUAGCACAUCACUGGCUGUUAGGGAGAGGACUGUGGUCUAUCUCUAUUCGUGAGUGUUCAUGUAGCCCUGAGUCCGUUAAACCGUAGGUUGUGUUCAUUAAGGCACACCGUAGCAAAACAGGAAAAAAAUGAAGUCCAGGUAGUCUCUCACUGUUUCAAUCCGUUUUCUUCCAUUUGCUGCCUAAUGAACAUCACCCUGAUUAGUGUCCUUGGUGUUUCUAUAACAGGUGAUGGGUAAGGACCACGACCAGCCCAUUGGGAGAAUCAGCAAGCAGUGGAGUGGGCUGAUAAAGGAGGCCUUCACUGACACAGACAACUUUGGGAUCCAGUUCCCCAUGGACCUGGAUGUCAAGAUGAAGGCUGUGCUGAUGGGGGCCUGCAUCCUUAUUGUAAGUGACAAAGGCUGCGAUUUACACAGGCAGCCCAAUUAUGAUCUUUGGCCCAAUUAUUGGCAAAAGAUCAGAAUUGGGCUGCCUGUGCAAACUCAGCCAUAUCUAUAGAGCUAAGUCAGAUUCAAGUUCAUUUGGCAUUUUUAGUUAUUAAGAAGACAUAGCCUUCAUUGGAAUUCUUUGUAGGAGCUCUCUCAUAUAGUACAUUACACACAUAUACAGUACAUAGGCUAUAAUCCAUAAGGGAAUUUCUCUAUCACUGUGUCAGUGACCUAAUGAAGCAGCCAUUACUGCAAAAUUACUGACAAACCAAUAAAUUAGUCAAUACUGACACUCUUAUUGUAGUGCAUCAAUAUAAAGCCAUUAUAAAUCCUGUCUAUUAUGAUGAAUCUAACAAUUACGUAUUUAGUGUGAUGAUGAUCUCCAUCAUGCCUAUUCAUUGUGUGUCCAUUUUUUCUUUCUUUAUUCUUUGUCUCCAAACAGGAUUUCAUGUUCUUUGAAAGCACUGGUGACGGUGAUCAACGGUGUUCUGUAUUUGGAUGAGAGAGAGAGAGAGAGAGAG